ACGCGUUUGGUCGCUAGGUUCACUCAGCCAGGACUCAGAGUUGGUCAAUAAAGGGACUCAGAAGAGCUUUGUGAAUGAUUACUAAACGCUGCGUUUACAGUUUUAGAUAAACUAAACGCCUUGCGAUAUUUUCUAGUAUUUUAAAUAUCGUAAAUUACAAGUAACGUUAGUACUGAACAUACUUUGUUAUAGUUAAUCCGGACGUAAAACCCGACUCUAGCUAUGGCUGGCAGUAGCAUAGCGAUGAAAACAUGGGAGCUGUCAAACAGCAUGCAGGAAGUUCAGAGUAUUGAUGAAAUAUAUAAGUAUGAUAAAAAACAACAACAAGAGAUUCUGGCAGCCAAACCGUGGACUAAAGACCAUCAUUAUUUUAAAUACUGCAAGAUAUCAGCAUUGGCACUGUUGAAGAUGGUAAUGCAUGCCCGAUCUGGAGGAAACCUUGAGGUGAUGGGACUUAUGCUGGGGAAGGUGGAUGGAGAGACCAUGAACAUCAUGGACAGUUUCGCUCUGCCCGUGGAGGGCACUGAGACGCGGGUCAAUGCUCAGGCUGCAGCCUAUGAAUACAUGGCUGCUUAUAUAGAGAAUGCUAAACAGGUAGGGCGGUUGGAGAAUGCCAUUGGAUGGUACCACAGUCAUCCUGGAUACGGCUGCUGGCUUUCAGGCAUAGAUGUCAGCACUCAGAUGCUCAACCAGCAGUUUCAAGAGCCCUUUGUCGCAGUAGUGAUUGAUCCCACAAGGACUAUAUCCGCAGGGAAGGUCAAUCUCGGAGCGUUCAGGACAUAUCCGAAGGGUUACAAGCCUCCAGAUGAGGGUCCAUCUGAAUACCAAACGAUACCACUUAACAAGAUUGAGGACUUUGGAGUGCACUGCAAACAGUACUAUGCUUUAGAAGUGUCUUAUUUUAAGUCUUCCCUGGACCGCAAACUCCUAGAGCUGUUGUGGAAUAAGUAUUGGGUCAACACUUUGAGCUCCUCCAGCCUUCUGACAAAUGCAGACUACACCACUGGACAGGUGUUUGACUUGUCUGAGAAGCUCGAGCAGGCAGAAGCUCAACUGGGACGAGGCAGUUUCAUGUUGGGCUUAGAUACUCAUGAUAGGAAAUCUGAGGACAAACUUGCAAAGGCAACACGUGACAGCUGCAAGACAACCAUUGAAGCAAUUCAUGGUUUGAUGUCCCAGGUUAUCAAAGAUAAACUCUUCAAUCAAGUGAACACAUCUUCCAACUGAACUUGGAAGGAUCUGGAGUUAGAUAACUUCACAUGCAGUGUUUGCUUAGUUAUGUGUUCUUUCGUUGAGAUCCUGCUUUGAAAGAUUCAAAGGAAUUCUCCUGUAGGAUUGUUUGCAUCAUUUAUCAUUUGUUUAAACAAAGAAAUAAAUGUUGUUCAGGUUGA